CGAAUUGAAGUUAAAGUAUAAUAAAUAUGUAAAAAUUAUAAUAUGAGAAUACAAUCGUAUACUUAUUUCAUAAAUAGCCAUCAAAUAAUGUGUAAUUUUUGUCAUCGAUAUCCAUCUUUUUGUUUGUUUAUCUGCAAUGGUCGUGUCCAGUGAAACAUGUGUAAAGGAAAUUUAAACGGUGUUCAUCAUGCUGCGUACCGUAUCCGGGUUGUGUGGUAUCGUACCUGAAGAUGUUCAUACCUGCGAUGAGAAUUCCAUCAACAUUUUGGAACGAGGAUUAACAGGAUAUCUUUAGUUUGCUUUAAAUCGUUGUGAUCUAUGGAAUUAUAUAAAAAUGGAUCGAAAUAAAGGACUACGAGGUGCGAGCUACUUGGAGCCCAGAAACAGGAUACGGACGAGUAGCAGCGACAGCAGCGGGUCUUCGUGCGGGGACAGUGAAGGGAGCCAGGAGAAGCUCAGGCGAUUGUUCCAGACGUGUGAUAGCGACGGCGAUGGUUUUAUCGAUGGACAAGACAUAUACUUGAUGUGCCGUGAGCUGAAUAUGGAGGACAGCGUGCAUGAUCUAAUGGUACAGCUUGGGGCCGACCGUCAUGGCAGAAUCUCUUUUGAAGAGUUCUUACGGUGCCAGCAAAAGCUACAGGGCGAGAUCAGGUCAGUGACGGAAAGUUCACCCGCCAGACCACCAGACCACCACAGAGGUAGUAUGAGCAGUGCUGAUGAGCUGUACCAGGACAGACUACAGAGGGCGGGCUCCCCGAAGAUGGGCAGUAAUUCUAGCCUUCCGCGAAGCGGGCAUUUAGGUUCAUGGCCAGCUAGCAGUGAUAACAGUUUAGGAGCAUCGUCUACGGCGAGGGACAGUUGGGAGCGGGAUUCCGGAGCUCGUGAUCUCACAAGUCCGGAGCCAGGUACCUUCCUUCAGAAGCUGAUGGACAGUGCCACCGCAGCUGGGGGAGGGGCCAACUUCCUGGAGCUCGCCAAUACUGUGAGUACAUGAGUGUAUUUGAGAGAAGGUGAAAAGUGUGGCAAUUAUGGAAAUGCAUUAUGAAUGGAACAAGAAUUAGAUAGGGAAUAGUAGAAGGAUAAACUUGCAAAUUGUUAUUUGCUCAAAUUUAUUAUGGAGUGCAUCAAACUAUACUUCAAUAUUUCAAGAAGAGAGAGAUAUCCAAAAUAAGUAUUAGAUGAAACACAAGAUUCUGAUUGUAUGCAGUAGUGUGAUGUCAGAUGUUCUGGUUUCUGAUAUUUUGUCAAAAUUGCAUGAACAGUUUUUGAAAUGUUUGCGACUGUUCAUUCAGCCUAAGCAGUGGGGCAUAAUGCAUGUUUGAGAUUAUUUGUAUUUUGUGGCGAGAUAGAGAGAGAGAAAGAGAGAGAGAGACAAAAAAGAGAGUAAAUUCCUGUUUGAAAGUAUCCAUUUCGUUCCAUUUUGUUGUUUUUAAUGUACAUGUACAGUACAGUUUGUUGAAAUCUGGAGGAAAAAAAAAGUGUGUACCGGUAAUGAUUAUGAAUCGAACUGGAGAUUCACAUAACAAUGUGAUUUAUGUUUCUGAUAAGUAUGUUAAUGAUGGCAGUGCUAGUGAAAGUUAAAAUGUAACUGAUGUGGGAAAUAUGCGGAAAGAUGAUGGGUUAAAAAGGUUAAGUCAUUCAUUAAUUAUCCUAGCAUUUUUAUAAACACAUGCAAACAUGUUGUACAGAGCCCUAAACAAAAAACAUUAGUGAGGCAGUAAUUCUUUUUAUCUCAAUGAUUCUGCUGCAUACUGGUAAUGAUUCAAACUAAAUAGAUAUUUUCUGGUCAUCAGAAAUAUAGAUAUUUAGUGUUGACAAAUACAGACAUGCUCUACUGGUACAUGUAUACUGCCCUCACAGUCCUGAUCUGCAACAAUGUAUACAAAAGUCUACAGUAUCGAAUGCAAUGCUUGAUGACUUGAUAUUUCCAGGGUAUAUUGUAACUACAACUUUUCCAGCUUUUGCAGUGUGCCAGUGAAGCAAAAAUGAAACACUGCCAUCUGUAGUUCAUAUACAGAAUUUACCAGCCACGGUGUAAACAGCUACAUGGAGACGUGCAACAUCAAUUAUCAUGUUAUGUUAUUAUCCAAUUAUCUCAUUCAACGUGCAUUUUAUCAUCUACAUAAAGUUGGGAGAAGGUCUGGAGCUUUGAUGCAGGGUGUAUUAUUGUAGGCUUGGAGAUUGAUUCCCAAUAAGAUUAGCUCUGGUCUUCAGGCCUACAUUGAAAUCGAAAUGUUAAUCUGUGGCUAUAAAUCCCAUUUAAUCUCCUGCCCUAGAAAUGCAAUCCAUGAACCAGAUAGUCACUCCGUCACAAGUGGUAACAUGGCGUAUCGUAGUAUGCUGAAUCACAACAAGCAAAUUGGCAACUCGCGUAGCGGCAUUCUCUCUGAUAGUGAUCCCCACUUCAUGUUUUGACAGAAUUACGGCCCCGAGAUGCAGAGAGAUGCAGGGGGUCAUCUUACAUAGGACAUAAUGCGCUUGACUUUGUCCCAAGUACUCGUACACAGACAGUCUAUCCCUCUUUGUCUGCUUUGCUGUUUAUGUUAUAUAUUCACGGAACAUACUGAACCCUAAAGGAGGGUUACCGAUUCAAUCAAAUUCCAGGAAAUUCAAUUUCUUAGUUCGUUUCCAAAUGUUUUUCCUGAAUUAAGUUGUGAUGAAUUGGCAUAUUCAUAUUGUUUUUGGAGGGCAUUGCAAGUUCAUGGACAUGUAUCAACAACUUGUCUACCCAAAACAAUGUCAUAAUAAAGAUUCUGAGAUACUUCUUUAAAGCUUUCAAUAUCAAAAAAUUAAAUAUAAGUAAGAUAUUUAUUUCUAUGGAUGUAAAAGAAAGAAUAAACAAAUUGCGAGUAAUCAUGGCUGUUUCAAGUAGAUGUACAUGCAUCUUGAUUCUUGCCAGUUGUUCAUUUUAUAAACUACAUGUACAUGUAUUAAUUGUAGAAAUAAGACAUGUUAUUGUAAUGAAAUAAUAUCGUAGCAUCGUUUUAAUUAUGUUAUUUUAUUUCAUUUAAUCAGCAAUGCUUUUCAUUAGUCAGUAUUUUCCUAGAUGAUCAUUAAAAAGAAAGAAGAUAAAAAAA